AUGAUGCGGGAGACGGAAAAUAUGUCAGGUGAGGAUCCUUCAUUCCGCUGUCUGGAGUGCCUAAAUGUAUUUCCAACUUGGACAAAGCUCACGCAGCAUUUGGAAAGGACAAUGCAUUUUUCGGCAAGGUGUGUGGAGUGUGAUCUGCAGUUGAGGUGCUACGGCCCCUCUCAGCCCUAUCGUCAUGAGGAAACAACGGGGCACCGCGGGAUUUCUGGUGUAUUUUACACCCGCCUGGACUAUCGGCUAGACCAGCCACCGGUGCUUGCACAUCCACAGUAUCGCUGCGAGUGUCGAGUCUCUUUCGUGAGUUCUCUACACAUCGCGCUGCACCUGCGCACAGAUCACGGGGUUACUUCUGUCCCUGACGAGGCUACAUGUCUCACGUGCAAGAAAAGAGGCACCCUUGCUGAGAUGGCGACGCACAGACUCGAACGAUUGCUGGCGAAGGAGAAUUGCGUUUUUGAUAUUCCCGGUUUUGUUGCCUCUCGCUACCUGGUGUCUCGCCCACGGCUGCCCCCUUGGCCAGCACAAGAGAAACCCUACAUUGUCCUCUACCAAUGCCCUUUGUGUAGUCUGUUGUUUCUCUCGUGGAACGACAUGCAACAACACAUAGCAACGACAGGACACUGUCGUGACGUCUUGCCCUCGACUGCUGUAUGCCUUAGCCGAGCGCAAUAUGGCACGGGCGGCCAUGCGCUCUCUUCGGAGGAUUUUGAGGUUCUAGUAGACAAGAGUGACCCGAAGCUGUGUGCGCUGAUACAACGAAGUUUGCCAGAAGGCAGCGGCACGGGUAGCGAUGACGACGACCUCGUUCUAGGGUUCCAGUGCCCGGAGGAAAGCUGCAGACGGCUAUUCCUUACGCACGGCGAGUUGCUGGAUCACAUGGAGAUGGAGGGCCACCACCCCAACACACAUGAGGAGGAGAAGGGCGACCCGGGGCAAACGGUACCGUCAUGGAAGUGGGACGUCUCUGCUUAUGAGGUGAUGUGCUCGACGAAGCAGCUGGUGGAGUUGUUUGGGUUUUCGAGCUGCCCGCACUGCUCCCGCGCAGUAACGGCUGGCGCCGAAAUGUACCACCAGCAGUUGUUUCAUCCAGAAAAAUAG